AUGGUGGUUUUCUCUCUUUCCAGCAUAUACUGUCCCCCGCAAACAGCCUUUUUAAAGGUUAGCAGUGAAUACAAAGCAGGCAGCCAUGUCUGUGUUGGGUGUCAAGGGGAAAUGGGAGACAAGAACCUAGAUUUGAGGAGUCUUAGUGCUCGUCCUGGUAUUGCGCUCAAUACUAGCAGAACAAGUGACGAAGAAGGAGAGACAAGAGCACAAGAUACGCUGCUGCCCACAGCCAAUGUUAGCAAAAUCAUGCGUAAGAUCCUUCCUCCCAAUGCCAAGGUUUCGAAAGAAGCCAAGGAUAUCAUGCAAGAAUGUGCUUCCGAGUUCGUAGCCUUUGUCACUGCGGAGGCUUCUCUCAAGUGUCAAAAGCAGAAACGGAAGACCAUCAAUGGUGAAGAUCUGCUAUCUGCCAUGGCUUCUCUUGGAUUCGAAAAUCAUGCAGAGCAGCUCAAAAGUUAUCUGCUUAAGUAUAGAGAAAGUGAGUGCGACAAGUUUUCUGUAAUAAAACAAGGCUUAGCAGAUGAGUCCACUAGUGCUAAUGGCAAUAUAGAAAAGUGGGUUCCCACAGAGGAUCCACAUCAUCACGGGAGGCUGUUGGUGGGAUCAAUUAGUCAAAACCCUCCAUUCCUGCAGCGCUUAAAGAAGCAUGGCGCUGGUCCUUCCACAGAUCCAGGGGGAGGUGGUCGUUGGAAUUAG